AUGGAGUCUCUUGUAGUUAUUCCUUGUUCAAAAUCUUCAGCUGAACAAAGAGCUGGACGUGCCGGACGUUUAAGACCUGGAAAAUGUUUUCGUCUUUACCCAGAAUCUGAAUUUAAAAAAUUGAGUAAUUCAACAAUUCCAGAAAUUCAACGAGGAGAUUUGUCUUCGGUUAUUUUGAGGCUAAAAGCUUUGGGAGUUCAGAAUGUUUUGAGAUUUAAUUACCUUUCUCGCCCAUCUUCUGCUGUAAUGGUUCAGUCCCUUCAAAUGCUUAACGCUUUAAAAGCAAUUGAUGAUGAUGGACUUUUAACAAAUCCUUUAGGUUUUCAAAUGGCUGAAUUACCUUUAUCUGCAAUGCAUGCAAAAGCUUUAAUUUCUUCAGGUUGUUUAAAAAAUUUUUUUUCAUUUCGAAAAAUUUUUUAA